UGGUAAGGGAGGUGGACUGGCUCCUAAGCAGAAAGGUAGCACCUUGGACAGAGCAGUGCUGGGGAAGGGCAGAAGGAGCUGGGGAGCUCCGGCCAAGGAAAACCCCAGGCUGCAGGCCUUGCUACAAAGGGCUGAGCAGGUGCACAGGGCCGAAGGGGAAGCAGCCCAGGGACAAUAGUUUGACAAGGGGAGAGAAGGAGGGCAGAGAGGCUGCCGCUAGAGGGUCCCUGGGUCAGGACCCAGAGUAGUGGGAGGGCCUGGUUCUCCCCCCCCCUUCCCUCUUGUACUACACCUGGCUGAGGAGGAAUGUGGCCUGAUACAGGCUGUGGCUGGCCCCUGUGACAAAGGGGCUAGACUUUGAGGCUGCAGCCAGCCACUAGAGCUGGUGUAGAUCAAAGACUGCUGAUAACACCAAAACCCGGAAGGGGGUGAGACUGGAGCAGUGGGCACUGCCGGAGGGCAGUGUCCUGAAGAGGACGCCGCUGUGCGGGGAGCAACACGGGUCCUCAGAGCAGCAGAGCAGACAAAGGGCAAGGCACCGCAUGCAAGAGGUGCUCCAUGACUGGACAGAGCUAAUUUCCAGAGCAACCAGCGGGAGGCGCCAGCGGUGCCAUCUUAGGAGUGAACAAGUGCCUUCUAUACAUUCAGAAUGAGUACUUUGCCUCCUGUGCAGGUACAGUGUCCAAAGGAACAUCGCAGCCUUGUAGAGCAGAUGGUUUGCCCUUCAAUAAAACUUGCAAGGAUUCAUUUGAUCAAAGACAAAGAUGCCAUAGAUCAUUAUUUGGCGAUGAAUAUCAAAGGGUUGUCAAAACAAGAGGCUGCUGCUUACAGGAAUUCAUACAAGAAGAACAUCUGCGUAGACAUGCUGCGACAGGGUUAUCACAAGUCCUUCUCUGAGCUCUUCACUCUGAUACAGAAGUGGAAUGCCUUGAGGGAGGCUGCAGGGCCUGGGUCAGCCAUAUGGCAGCAGAAGUCCCUGGAGGAGCAGCCUGAUAAGCUGGAUCAGCUUCACCAUUUCCUGACCAGGGCUGAGGCAGCCCAACGAGCAGAGUACUAUGAGGAGGUGUACAAUAACCAACUUAAUUUGGCCUACUGCUUCAACAACCCUGAGGACAAAUGGUUAAGGAAUUACUUUUAUGAACAAUGCUUAAGCACUGCUCAGCUGAUCAAAAUAGAUGGUGGGAAAAAAGAGGCUGAAGCGCAUGCAAAUAUGGGCCUUGUCAAUGAGGAACAAGGUCAGUUCAUGAAAGCUGCUGAGCAUUAUGAAACAUUCCAUCAAUUGACACUGGGACGGAUGUGGAAGGAUGAGACAGGCCACACUUACAACUCACUGGCCUCUGAGCAUCUCUGGAGAAUUUACACUUUACUAGCAGACAAAAUGCUAGAAAAUACAGAACACCAACAGGCCAUCAAAACUCUAAUAAAAGCUUUUGAAAUGGCAAAAAAAGGAGGUGAUAAGAAGAUGGAAGGAGAAUCUGCCUAUUGCUUAGGGCUAGCCUAUCACUCUGCUGGAGAAGAACAGACAGCAAUAAUAAAUCUGAACACCUACAAAGAAAUCUCCACAGAACUGUGUGAUCUUGUUGGCGUAGGUAGAGCAUAUCAAGCUAUAGCCAAGGUCCUGGUAAGUCAGGGAAAAGUGACUGAAGCUAUUGAGUACUUGGAAAAGUUUGUGAUGGUUGCCGAGAGUGCUCAGCUAAGCCGAAGUUUAGUGGAUGCAUGCAUAUCCCUUGGAGAUAUUUACAAUGAAAGAGGGAACUAUUACAAAGCCUGUGAAUAUUUCAAUCAGGCUUUUGAGGCAGCAAACACCCUAACUGACUUGCCUGUGGUGAAUGAAACUAAGGUUUAUUACGGCAUCGCAAAAGCUCAUAACAUGAUGGUGGCAGUUAACAGUCAUACAGACGCUGCAGAUCACGUCAGCAUUGAGUACCUGCUGGCAUGGAAGGAGAACAGAAGUGACAUGUGCACUGACCCUUUUACAGUUGAGCUUGCUAAAGACACAAGUGGUAUUCUGGAGACCAAUGAACUAUUUCUGCAGACCCCAGUUCAAGAACCUCUCUGAGAAUUCCAGUUCACUGAGAGAAAAAGCUCUGAACCCUUUUGAUGAAGUCAAGAAGAUCCUUGUUAGAAAACAUGCAGAAAAAUGUUUGCGUUUCAGUUUGUAAUUUUAAAAGGAGCACAGAGUUGCUGUGCAAGCGCCCAGGAACGUUAGGUCCUUGUAUGACUGGUGUCAGGUUCAAUAUGUGUCACAAAGGUUUUUAUCUUAACUAUCCUGCAUGUUGAAAUAAAAUACAAAAGGAAUGGUAGCAUUAUAAAGAAAAACCAAUAUAUUUACCUAUUACAUAAUCUAUCCUACAGUGUACCUCCUGUGAGGUGCUGAGCACUCUUAACUCCCAUUGAAGUCAAUGGGAGUGGGAGUUGAGGAUGCUGAGCGAGAUCAGGCUCUAAACAUAUAUGCUAAUUUUACAUCAAAAUCUAGCAUUUUGUCCAUUUCUGUGACAGUACACUUAAAUUUUGACCCCUUUUACACAGGGCCUUCAGUUGAGUUUAACAAAAGUGCUUAACAGCUGUGACUCAAAUGGGUUUUAACAUGGUUAGAAAAGAUCCAGCCUGGUUGGUGCACUAUAGCAUGGUUUAGAUCUAGGUUAUAAUACAGUUUGGUCCGAACCAGCUUCAGCCACAACUAGGUUUGUUUAAGCAUAACUAUUGAACUCUCUUGAAAGCCCUGUAUGAACAAAGCAUUUGAAAUGCUGUUUACCGUUCCUAGUAAAACAAUAACCCAAUGUAACAGUGAAACAGGUAUAUUUAACAUGGAAAUUUUUUGUCGUAUUAAAAAUCUGUAUUUGACAUGUUUAAAGCUACACAAGACACCUUUUAAAAGUGCACCUUGUGCUUGUUCUUGUAAUCAAACAAACUAAAAUCAAUGGAGACUGAUUUUAGCUAAUAACCCACUAAUAAUCUAAAACUCUGAUUCUUUUAGUACAGUGAAGUCUGCUUGGAGAAUUUUAUUCUAGUUUGAGUUGGUCAAAUUCUUCUUGUCAGGAGAUUCCCCUCAUGAUCCUUAGCAGGCAAACUUCAAUAGGCCAUUUUCAGGGCUGCUGUAACCCUUGACCUGUAUAGAAGCUAGGAGGAUAAAAGAUUGAGGUUGUCCUUCUGAGAAAUGUAGUAAAAGUAGACUGUUGGGGACCCUUUGAGUUUUAUUUGGAAAAAUUGAUGCAGUCUACCAUAUAUCAGAUCGAGGGACGUGAUCAUUUCCCUCUAUUCAGCAUUGGUGAGGCCUCAUCUGGACUACUGUGUCCAGUUUUGGGCCCCACACUACAAGAAGGAUGUGGAAAAAUUGGAAAGAGU